CUCGGCACGGGAGAAGUGUACUACCUAAGUAAGCUUCUUGGUCUUCUUGUCCCGUGGGGAUACUAGAUAGUAAACUUCGGUUUCCCCGCCAGUUCUUCUUUGCGGCUGCGCCGGCACUGGCCGUCGGAGCUGUCCAAUAAUAACAACACAAUUAUAAGCACAUCCAAGGACGAAAACGUGCCAUCACGAUGCAAAGGCGGAUCAAGUGCCCGCACCGCAUCGUACGAUGAGUAAGGAAAGACAUUGCGAAGCUGGAGUCUGCUAAAGUCUCCUAGAGAACGUGAAUAGGAAAAGCAACUGCGACGCGGAUAAUGAAAACAUAAUAAAAUAAGAAUUAAUGUCUAGACAUCUCGAAAUCAGCUACUUAGAGAGCUAUAAAAAUUUCCAUUUUCUCGACAAGGUUAGCCGUAACCCUCACCGUCAACACCAGUCUAGAAGAGUUCGUAGGAACAUAACAACAGAGGAAGGAGGAUUUAUGUACGAACGGGCAAGAUGCGCCCUUCUCCUGACAAAUUACCGGCAUCGCUUAAGUUUCUCCAAUGAGUCACGCUCUUGUAGGGUUUAUCAAAGUUAUAUAAAGUAGAAUCAACAAUACAUUCCCUUGCUUAUUCCCAUCGUCACUACUAUACCAAGUCUUAUAUCAAUAAUAGCCUUCAAGAUGCUUCUUCGCCCCGAUCACGCAGAGCCAGCCAUUCCAGUGUUGAGAAAACUUGUUCGCGAAAACCCGUUGGGCAUCCUCACAACGGCUAUUCGUUCGGACAUUGCGCCCUUCAUACAAUCGAGCCAUAUUCCUUUCGUCCUCGAUGUGAAGGACGAAGAUAGUACCGAAGAACUUGGUGUUCUCCGUGGUCACAUCGCGCGGCAGAAUCCUCAGAGCAAAGUUCUCAUCGAAGCCGCCAAAGCGAGUAAAUCCUCUACACCCAAUGUCCUCGAAGAAGAAGUUCUAGUACUCUUCACGCCUCCGUCUCACCAGCACUACGUCACGCCUAAAUUCUACACCGAAACCAAGCCGUCAACGGGUAAGGUUGUGCCAACCUGGAACUACUCGGCAGUGCAAGCCUACGGUCGCGCAAAGAUCUACUGGGACCACAAGUCAGAUGAGAGCAUAGCUUUCCUAUCGAAGCAGAUAGCAGAUCUUUCGGAGCAUGCUGAGACUUCCGUAAUGGGCUUCACAGGGAAAGGUGAUAGGCAAGGAUCGUGGAAGGUCUCCGAUGCGCCAGAGCGCUUCAUCGAGUUGCUGCGGACGAAUAUCAUCGGCAUUGAAAUCCAGCUCGAUCGAUUGGAAGGCAAGUUCAAGAUGAGUCAGGAAAUGUCGCUGGGAGAUAGAGAGGGAGUUGUCAAAGGGUUUGCGAACCUAGGGACCGAGACCGCUACGGUGGUGUCCGGCCUAGUCAAGGAGAGAAGUGAUCUGAUGGAAUCUAAAUCAUAACGAGCAUAAAACGUGGUACAAUUUUUGACAUAGGAAGUUUAUGCAUACAUGAUACAGUAGCCUAAUGCAAGAAUUGCUACUGAUAGGUCCAUAAUUGUCUUGGAAUGUCUACUAUUAGGUAUCUUUUACGUCUUAUUUACCUAGUAUGUGCUGUUGACAUCUCCGCGGAGUGUGCUGCGCUAUUAGACCUUCCUAAACAGGUUUCUCUACUUCUGUCUAUUGGCGCGUCAUAUAAGACUGGUAUCUGAGAGGAUAGUUGAGGAUGGCAUCCGACGCGGUGUCAGGUGACUAUCUGCCGGCUACUCUACCAGAUUGUCCCUAGGGGCCAUGUAUAACAUAGAGACUCAUUCCUUUUCCCAUAAUUGAACUAGCUGUGAACAGAUAUACUUAGUCACCUACUUCUUCUUACGUGUCUUUGCUCUCUUAGUCAUUUCCGGCCGUGGAACAGUGCAUAAGCAUGAGCGCACAGAUAGAGAGCGCAUUUGGAUCGGAGUUUCUGAGAAGUUCUCUUUUUCUUGUAUUCUAACAAUCAA